GGGACACUGUAUCAGCGGUCGCGCAUCACCGGCCAUACCGAGUUUGUACGAAGCCCUCAAACUACACAGUAUACCACAUUAUACUCUACGCAUACAUGUACAUGUACACUGCACACGACUUGUAUACACCCAUACUGCCCCCAUGGGAGAGUCACAACGGAGCAUAGCCUUGAUUAAUUAAACUGUAACUUCCGGGUUUAUAGUGUUUUCUUUACUUUUCGAGUGGAUUCCGUUGAAGUUUUGCAACACCCAGUGAAAGUGCCCCCUUGCCUGCACCCGCAGGAAGGGACCGGGAAUUCGUCACUGACUUGUUUGGACAUGACAUCAUGUGCACAUGCUGCUCUAGAUUGACUGUAAUCGGACCAUGGAAAGACCGUCUUCAUACUCAUAGGCUUCACUAUAGAUCUGAACUUGAUCUACUUUUGAUACUGCCUGUCUGCUGAAAAGGUGAUCCCCGAAAUCCUGUUAGAGUUUCGAACUGAACGCAGUCGUUCCAGUGGUGUUUUGUGGACAUUUCCUGAGAGUUCUUUUUCCUUGACCGUAGUCUCUGUUCAAGAUGUCUUCUCCAGGGGAGGAAUUUCGAAGCGAGCGCUCUGUCAGCGUCAUCCAGGAGGACUUAAAGAUUCGCUCGGGCCAUGAGAUGAUCAGAGAGACCUUCAAGAAAGUGGAUUGCAUCCGCUUCGUGCCCAGCAAGAAAUCACAAGGCGUUUGCCAGUGUGGCCGUGUCUUUGAGUAUCACGUUCCGGAGUGCGUAGAAGCAGAACCAGGCGAGACUUGGGAUCCAGAUGACGGGCGAUACACGCGCCGAUCCCCCACGGAUGCCUUCGGGGAGGUGGAGUUCCAAGGAGUCUGGACGUCUACGCGGGCUAAGUACGUCCGCGUGGCUCAUGACACCCCAGCCUCGGACAUCUUAGAUCUUCUGACCAACACCUGGGACCUGCCCCUCCCUAAGCUGCUGAUCGAGGUGACCGGAGGAGCCAAGGAUUUCGUCCUCCAACCCAAGCUCAGGAGGGUGUUCCGGAAGGGUAUCGUGAAGGUAGCCGAGUCGACUGACGCUUGGAUCCUGACUGGGGGAACAAAUACGGGUGUGAUGAAACACGUGGGCAAGGCCCUGCGAGAGCACACCCUAAGGUCACGGCACAAGAUCAACGCCAUCGGAGUGGUGUCCUGGGGAAUAGUGGACGGCAACGCGGAGCUGGAAGACAAGAGAAACAGACCACAUGCGAGAGUGAAGCAUUACCGCAUGACCAGUUCAUUGGAGAGUACAGGGGCGUCGCUGGACCCAAACCACACCCACUUCAUCCUAGUCGACAACGGCACGGUGGGCAAUUACGGUGUCGAGAUCACUCUCCGAUCCAACCUGGAGAAAUUGGUAUCAAACCAGAAGAUGGACUCUGCCAGUGACUGCGGCAUUCCAGCCGUCUGUCUGGUCCUAGAGGGCGGGCUUAACACCAUCCGUGUGGUCCUGGAGAAUAUCACCAAAGAUCCCAUCAUACCCGUCGUCAUCGCGGAGGGCAGUGGUCGAGGGGCAGAUCUGAUCGCAUACGCCUACACGAAGUCGGAUGGAGAGGGAACGCUCAUGCCGGAGCACGAGGAGAGACUAAGGAAAAAGAUUGCGCACACGUUUCCUAGCAACCAGGACAAGCACGAGAGCCUCUUCGAAGAUCUGAUACAGGUCAUGAAGAGAAAGAAUUUGAUAACUAUCUACAGUGUGGACGCAGAAGAUGACGUUGAUAUCGAUUACGCAAUACUCAACGCCCUUAUGAAAUGCAGUAACUUGUCUCCCUCGGAUCAGCUGAAACUCUCCCUGAUCUGGAACCGAGUCGAUCUUGCAAAGGAGAAGAUUUUCAACCAGAACCUGUCGUGGAACGAGUUGUGUCUGGAUGAGGCGAUGGAGGUCGCUCUGGUUCGUAACCGCGUCGACUUCGUCGAACUGUUCCUUGAAACUGGAUGCUACAUGAAGUCCUUCGUGACAACGAAACGACUGGAACAACUCUACAGUUCCAUCGACAAUAUGGACGAAUCAGAGCCAUUCCCGACGCUUUGUAUACUCUACCAACAAGCAAACCUUAUGCCGCCAAAGAUUCGCAACGGCCGUCGCCACUUCAAACUGCAAGACAUUGGCCGGGUGAUCCAGUAUCUGCUCAGUAAAGGAUUCGCCUGUAACUACACCGCCAAUUCGUCGGAGAGUAACCAGAGAUGUGGGACCUGCGGGACGUUCAUGAGAUGCUUCCGCGGAGCUGAGACAGACGAAUCCGACAGCUGUGGGUCCAGUGACUUCGAUUGCUUCCCGUUCAACGAUCUCUUCUUAUGGGCUCUGCUGACCAAGAAGUAUCAGAUCGCUCGCCUGAUGUGGCAGCGGGGUCGCGAGACGCUGGCCAAGGCGCUGAUCGGGGCAAGGCUGUGCUAUCGGAUGUCCGAGGUGGCUAAAUGGAAGUACAACACGGACGCCGCUGACAGACUGGCCGAGGAAAAGAGGUGGUACGAAAACCUGGCCGUGGAGCUUCUGGGCCAGUGCUUUGAGGAAGACGCCAGCUUCACUCGCUUGCUCCUCUGUGCACAGCUGGACAACUGGAGCGAGCAGACUUGCCUGUCACUAGCCGCGGCUUUCAACCAUUCAAGAUUCAUCGCUCAUCCUAGCAUACAGUUCCUUCUGAACGACCAGUGGUACGGGGUGUUCAGUAAGAUAUCCAGCAUGAAGGAGUUAACAGAAUGGCUGUUCCCGGCCACGAUCUCCAACUCUACCGAUGAAAUACUGCGGAGCAUGUCCAUCCGAGCCGCUAACAGAAGCAGCGGUCGCUGGAGAGACGGCGCCACGUCUGAAUAUGAAAUGCAGAAUACUGCUAACGGCGAUAGGAAACCCAGCAUCCACAGUGUCGGCUCCCUGGGUUUCGGGAUCCGCGGGCCUACCUUCAAGCGACGACUGCCGUACUGCACCUACGGACCCACGGUCGAUGACCCUAGCGAAGCGCCGCUGCUGGAGAAGGCAAGAAUGCUACUCGUGGCACCCAUUCUCAAGUUCUGGAUCAAUGCGGUGUUUUACAUACUAUUCCUGAUGAUGUUCAGCUUCGUCGUACUGGUGGAUUUGCAAGGUGACAUCAUGGUCGUGGAGUGGGCUGUGACUUGCACAAUUUUCACGCUGGCCAUGGAGGAACUGCGACAGGUUCUCAUGAUGGGCGAACACGGCCGGCUGACUCUCUGGCAGAAGAUCAAGAUGUGGGCCUCGGACAAGUGGAACAUCUGGGAUCUGGUGGGCAUUUUGCUCUACAUCCCAGGCUUCAUCUUCCGUCUCUACUCGGUGUACAUGGUUGACGCGGAUUCGGCCGCAGCCCACCACCAGCUAGCUAGGAUGUUCUUUUGCCUUGAUGUCAUGGUAUGGUACAUCCGACUGCUAGACGUGUGCAGUGUCAACAACGUGAUGGGUCCCUACGUCAACAUGAUCGGUAACAUGAUUCGUGACCUGGUGUACUUCAUGCUGAUCCUGCUCGUCUUCCUCGUCAGCUACGGCGUGGCCCGACAGGCGAUUCUCUUCCCCCGCUCGGAGUGGCGAUGGCAUAUCCUGGGAGAUAUCUUCCUCGUACCGUACUGGCAAGUGUACGGGGAGCUGUUCCCUGAUACGCUCGAUAUCUUCCAAGAUGAAUACAAUGUGACUGCUAGUCCACAAGCUGAAGCCGGUGACCUGGAUAAAAUGAUCGUGACUGGGAUCAUGAGUGUGUACCUGAUGAUCUCCAACGUGCUGCUCUUGAAUUUGCUCAUCGCCAUUUUCAAUAACACGUUCACGCGAGUUCACGACAACGCCAGCGAGAUUUGGAAGUUCCAGCGUUACCGUCUGAUCUUGGAGUAUAGCGAGAAACCCUUCCUGCCUCCGCCGUUCACCAUCGUCAUUCACGUCAUCAUGGUCAUCAGGAGAGCCAUGUACUCGUGUUGUGGACACACUUUAGGCACGCCAGAAAUGAAGGAGCUUUUGGAUGAGCCGUCGAUGCAACUGCUGUAUAACUUCGAAGAAGAGUGCACCGAGAACUACUUGAGACAGAAGGCUCUGGAGAAACAGCUAUCGGUGAACGGCACAAUACAAAGGAUAUCAGAGAGGGUGGACACGUACUCCAACUUUCAAGAGGAGCAGCAGCAGCGUGAUUUAAAGUACAAGGAAUCCAUCCGGCGCCUGACGGAGCGAGUGGGCGGCAUCGAGAAAUCCAUGCAAAACAUGAUCCAACUCAUGAGCAACGUUGAGGACCCAGACGGCAAGAAGGGGACCGCUGGUGUCAUAACUGCCGACAGAGGGCGCCACGGAUGUAAACAAAUGUGACGUCACCUCUAGUUAUUCCAAGGAGCUAGCAUGCAUGGUAGAAUAUCCUAGCUAUUUCAUUUCAACGACCAUUUCAUUGUGACAUUUUACUACGCAACAAACUCAUUAAUUCAAUGCAAAGUGUCACAAUACAAAACUUCCCAUGAGUUUUCACACCAAUGUGCAUGUCCAUCCGCCAUAUUGAUUAAGGUCGGGCGUACGUGUUUUCAUCAAAAUGGCUAUAUCCGGCUAAACCGUAUCCCUAGUUAGCCACAAAUUUAAUUAAUGAAAAAUAACAGACGUGCAUGUACAUCUGAUAAGCAGCAUUACUUGUUCUAAUUUAACUAUUAAUUUGUGUAUAUAUUUUAUAGCGAAAACAGUAAUUCAAGAUUAGGACAGUGUGAAAAAUAUAUAAUGCAAAAUGUGUGAUAAUUCUUAAAACGAUGGAACAGUAAAAUAAAAUUAUUCCUUUUUUCUAUAUUUGAGAUAAUUAUGUUUCCUCUGAGAUAUUGUUAUCUGUAUUUGCGACACAAAAAUAAGGUGAAUACGUGCAGACAUUUCAGACACCAACAGAAAGAUAAAAAGUGUUGGGUUGACCGAAUGAUGGUUACAGAUAUUGCAUUAAUUCAGUAUCUAACACCAAGCUGUGUUUCAGAUGUUUGGUAAAAAACUUUGCAUAAUGUGUUGUUUGUUGGUUUGUUUGUAUGGGGUGUUUGUUUGUUUGUUUGUUUUUAAACUGAACCUCCACAAAUUCGUAGUCUUUCUGAAGGAAAGUCUACAAACUAACUUAAAAUACGUGUCAUUUAAAUUGUAAGUCUUACUCGAUUGAAUUUUAAAGAAAGAUUGCAUUUUAAAGGAUAUUGUAAAGUUCUGUUAAAAUAUUUUGGUAUUACGGUACAAAUCGUUGGACGUAACUUUAAAGUAAGGCCUAUAAAUUUGAAGAUAUUUUUACACCAAAAAAAUCAAAUGCGAAUAAAUGGUCAACUCAAUUUGAGUCAA